ACUAAUCUUUUAUAUCCCUCUUUUGGAGGCCCAAGGCCUACUUGCUCAUGCAAACUCCCCCAACCCAGCUGCAAUUCCACACAAUUAUUAACACAGACAGACACAACAUUCCCCAUAUCUGUUAACUCUGCUGUUUCCAAGGAAACAGUGCUGUGGGAGACCAAGGUUAUUUUCAGGCAGGCUUGCAUAGCCCACUCCUAAAGUUAACCGUUUAUUCACAUAGCCAUAGGAGAGUAUUACCAGGUCCUGCCUCGGAGAACACAGGAAUGGAUCAUUUUUGGAAGCUCAGACAAAACCACUCUUUGAAAUUUAAAGAUUUCAUAAAGAUUUAUACUUCUCAACUUCAUAUGAUAGCCUCUUUUUAAGAACAAUUGGGAUUGGCUAUGGAUAAUUCAUAUGAUUCCAGUCACCAAAACUCAUGUAACGGAAUUUCACCUGAGAACAACUUCCUUGUGUCAGAAGAUCAUGGGCAGAAAAUCUUAAGGGUACUACAGAAUUUUCGAGAACAAAAUGUCUUUUAUGAUUUCAAAAUAAUCAUGAAAGAUGAAAUAAUUCCAUGUCAUCGUUGUGUGUUAGCAGCAUGCAGUGACUUUUUCAGGGCUAUGUUUGAAGUAAACAUGAAAGAAAGAGAUGAUGGAAGUGUUACCAUCACUAAUUUAUCCUCCAAAGCAGUAAAAGCAUUUCUUGAUUAUGCCUAUACUGGAAAAACAAAGAUAACAGAUGAUAAUGUGGAAAUGUUCUUCCAGUUGUCAUCUUUUCUUCAAGUUUCUUUCCUAUCCAAAGCUUGCAGUGACUUUUUAAUAAAAAAUAUUGAUCUUGUUAAUUGUUUACAAUUAUUAUCUAUAUCAGACAGCUAUGGCUCUACCCGUUUGUUUGAUCAUGCAUUAUACUUUGUACAACAUCACUUUUCUUUAUUAUUUAAAUCCAGUGAUUUCUUAGAGAUGAACUUUGGAGUACUGCAAAAAUGUCUGGACUCAGAUGAAUUAAAUGUUCCUGAAGAAGAAACUGUACUGAAAGUGGUCCUUAGUUGGACUAAACAUAACUUAGAAUCAAGGCAAAAGCACCUGCCUCAUUUGAUUAAAAAAGUAAGAUUACAUCAGUUAGCUGAGGAGACACUUCAAGACUGUCUGCUCAAUGAAGAGAGUUUACUCAAAAACACAAACUGCUUUGACGUAAUCAUGGAUGCAGUUAAGUGUGUGCAAGGUUCCAGUGGACUUUUCCCUGAUGCUCGACCAUCCACAACCGAAAAAUAUAUAUUUGUUCACAAAACUGAGGAAAAUGGAGAAAAUCAGUAUACCUUUUGUUAUAAUAUUAAAGCCAAUUCUUGGAAAAUACUGCCACAGUCACACCUGAUUGAUUUGCCAGGAUCUAGUCUGUCCAGUUAUGGAGAGAAAAUAUUCUUGACAGGUGGUUGCAAAGGGAAUUGCUGUAGAACAGUUCGACUUCAUAUUGCUGAAUCAUACCAUGAUGCCACUGAUGAAACUUGGUGCUAUUGUCCUGUCAAAAAUGAUUUCUUCUUGGUGUCAACUCUGAAAACACCAAGAACCAUGCAUACAUCAGUUAUGGCUCUCAAUAGAUUAUUUGUCAUCGGUGGAAAGACUAGAGGAUCUCAGGACAUUAGAAGUCUUUUAGAUGUUGAAUCUUAUGAUCCUCUUUCUAAAGAAUGGAUGUCUGUUAGCCCAUUGCCCAGAGGCAUAUACUAUCCAGAAGCAAGUGCAUGCCAAAAUGUAAUUUAUGUUCUUGGAUCAGAGGUAGAGAUUACUGAUGCUUUUAACCCAUCUCUUGACUGCUUUUUCAAAUACAAUGCUACAACUGAUCAGUGGUCUGAACUAGUAGCAGAGUUUGGGCAAUUUUUUCAUGCAACACUAAUUAAAGCAGUCCCAGUAAAUUACACACUGUAUAUAUGUGACCUUUCCACCUAUAAGGUUUAUAGUUUUUGUCCAGAUACUUGCGUUUGGAAGGGUGAAGGAUCUUUUGAAUGUGCAGGCUUUAAUGCAGGUGCAGUUGGAAUUGAGGAUAAAAUUUAUAUAUUAGGUGGUGAUUAUGCACCAGAUGAAAUCACAGAUGAAGUGCAAGUCUACCACAGCAGCAGGUCUGAAUGGGAAGAAGUUUCACCAAUGCCAAAGGCCUUAACUGAAUUUUACUGCCAGGUAGUUCAGUUUAAUAAAUACAGGGACCCAUGGUUUUCUAAUCAUUUCUAAAAGUAGUAAGUGCUUGGACAGUCUGAAACGAUUCCAGUUAUAAAAACAUACACUAAAUGUGUUAAUCCUAAUGACUGGGGAAAGGUCUUUAUGUCUUAAAUAAAAUGUUCUUGCUAUUAGAGAAUUACUAUGUAUAUACACCACAUAUGAAUUAACAGUUCCCAGAAACCUAAAAUAUAAAAUACAUUAUACCAAAAAUUAUACUGAAUAUAACUUAAUCUUUGGAAUCCAGGAGUCCUUAGAAGUAUUUUCAUAUGUAAAUAAAAGCCAUAGGCUUUGAUGCUUUGAUUUUUAAAGUACUUUAUCUGUGAAAGGCUAGUAGAAACAAAUCAAAGUUUGCAGAUUUGUACUAUUUAGAUGGAAGAAAUUUCUUUAGGUAAUAAAAAUAGAUUAUGUGCACUCCAUAUUAUAUAAAGUGAAAAAUAAAUUAGGAAGGGGUGAGACUCGUACCUUUUUACUGCAGGUAUAAGAAUUCUGGAGUUUCUCCUUUGAUACUAGUUAACUACUUUUAAGCACUUCUUUUCUUUUACCAUUUUUGGGGGUCAGAAAUUUUUCUAAUAUGCAAUAUAUUUCCCCAGCCUUCUAAACAGAACACUAAACAUAGUGUAACUUUGUUUUUAUGAUUCAUCUCUUCAUUAAGUGCAUAAUGUACCAUGUUAUAAUACCAUUAUGCCAGUAGCAGUUAUUUAAAUGCUUUAAAAUUGCUGAUUCUAUUAGGUUUCAGUUUUCAACUGGUUUCAGUUUCUGGUAGUGUUAUGCCUCUCUUAUUUUCUUGCCAAGCUUAGUAAAUUAACAUUCUUAAUUUAAUUUGUAGUUCUAAAUCACACCUGACCUGAGUUAAUCUUAACAUGUAUGCCAUUGAAUGACGUUGGAUUACAGGAUGAUUGUCCUAAAACACCUUUUCUGUAUCUCUCAGGUUCCAAUAUAAUGAGGAUGUAGAAAAUCUGACCUCUAAAUAUGUGGAUCAUUACUGCUGCAUUUCUUAAACUUUUAAGUGUCCAAAUUUAAGUUCCAAUAAGAAAUUUCAUGAUUUUAAGUCAAUAACAUAGCAGUUUUCUGUGAUGAUAUAUACUAUAUAAAGCACCACGUUGGUUCACUACUUCAAAAAAUUAUUCAGCAUGAACUACUUUCUGAAUUUAAUAAAAAUGGGGCUUUUGUAUUGACACUAGUAUUUGCAACAUGCAUCUGUUUAGAUGUUUAAGCAUCUUUAACCCAAAUAAUCCAAGGGUAUCAAUCACCCUUGUUCUCAACUAGGAUGCUCCUGCCUUGUAAUAGGGUGUAUUUCUUUAACCAGUUUAAAAUAUAUAAGCAUUUUAGGUUUUAAGACCCUCAUUUAAGUCUCAGGAAAUGUAGAUUGGAUUUCUCUGGAACCAAAUAGUGUUUCCUGUGCUUUGUAGUAAAUGUUAAUCUGUUGUACAUAUUCUUCAGAAGUGUAUUCCUAAGUGGAAAUAUACCUAGAUAAAGGUCCUUUUAUUUUACCAUAUAAACAUAUGCACUAAUAAGUUUCAAAUAUAUUUUUCAAAAUAGAACAGAAUAUUAGACUAUGUUAUCAUGCGAUGCCAAAAUCAGGGACUGUCCCUAAUCAGAUGACAGUUGCAUAAAAAUAUCCUGUAGAACUGGUGGCCUUCCUCUCUACAUAAGCACAUGAUUGGUUAGCUCUGCCCUUUCCUGUGUGUGUGUGUGUGUGUCUGUGUGUGUGUUUAAAGAAAAAACUUAAUGGAAGUGUGUGUGUGUGUGUGUGUGUGGCUUUGAAAAAAAAUUUAAGAAAGAUGAUAACAAAGUAGGUGAUCUAUAUGUGGAUAUUCUGAACUGUUAAUUUAAGCAUAUAUAAUUAAAAUGUUAAAAUAAAUAUUGUUUUAAUCACUAACUGUAGGAAUUGUUCAUCUUUUCUACAAAGAGGAAACUAAAGCAAAAUCUAAUCCCUUCCAAAUUUUAAUUGUGUCAUCAUCUUGAUUUUCACCAUUCUUCUCAUUGCCACUGACUUACGGUAAUAAUUCCAGAAAUAUCCUUGUUAUCAAGGCCUAUUUGGCUCCCUAUACAUCUGAUUAAAUACAUUUUCUAGUGCACAAGUUUUUUUGCCUUUGUUUCUGCAACUGGUGUGGGUUAUUUGUCAAUCAUUUUAACUUCUGUCAUCUCUUUGUAUGUGCAUCUUUGUGCUCUAUUAUAAACCUCAUUGACUCUUCCUUUAUUUACCGUUAUUUUUCCUUGGCACCAUAACUGGACUUGGCUCCAUUAAUAUGUGAUCUCAUUCUCUCAUUUUGCAUCUGUUUGUAAAGGUAGCAUGUUCAUUUGAUCUAUCUGCCUUAUGGAAAAAUCAUUCUGUAACUUCAUAAUCGUUAAGGAAUCCAACUACAUAAACACAGGGUCAGUGUCUAAACUGAUUAUAUCUUUCUGGUCUUGCCAAUCACUGUGACUUCACUAUCCAAGAAUCUUACAUGUCAUUCUGGCCUUUCUUUCCAUUCUGGAUCUCUGACAUAGAACUCUCAGUGACCCCUCAAAUCUAUUCUCAGUACCCCUAGGAGGAGCUAUUUUUCCUGUCUGUAAGGGACAUUUUCCAAAUUGCUGUUAAUCAUUUGGAAAAAAACUGUUUAAUAUUUCUAAAUCUUUCUCAUUUGUCUUGCUCCACUACUUUUGGCUUAUGUAUGCAAAAAUAUUUAAUAUUGCUAUGUCUUCUAAAAUAGAAAGUAGAUACAUGGCAUUAUUAAAUAUAAAAACAUUAAAUUUAACAUUUAUAUGAGAGCAAUACUAAGUUAAUGGACAAUUCUAGAAUGAACUUCAAACUUGAGUUAAAAUGAGCCCCUUCUGAUCACCUGUUCUCUUAGUAUGAAGUUUGAUAUUUGCAUUAUCAAAAUUAACUACAUUCCUGUAAUACUCAACUUAGGUAUUGAGAGGAAAAGAGAAUGUCUUUUUCAUAGCAGUAUUCAUUACAUGCUAUCCUUGAAAGCUAGAGUAUUAUUUCUUUGAAGGAGACCAUGUGCUGUAAUAUUAUUACAUUUUUCCCAGAUACCCAGAAAAGCAAUCAGUAUGUGUGCAGUAUGCUUAACUCAAGGUAUAUUUGAAACUCAAUCAAGUAUAGUGGGAAGCAUUUGUUUACAUUUUGAUAUUUGGAAGCAAUAAAUAUAAUGCAAUCAUUAAAUAUAUAGUUGAAUGUAUAUAGUGUUAUUUUUAGAUUCUCAUGUCAGUCUAAUUGGAGUGUUCUGGAAACUCUUCUAUUUAGAAUUCAAAAUGUGAGGCCCAGAAAUGUCUUCCAAGGGGCAGUUCUAGAGAGCAAUCUAGAAUCAAGUGCUAGAAUUUGCAGGAAAGCAAAUUUCUGUUCAGUGUAAGGAACAAAUUUUAAGCCAUACUUCAGAAAGAUACUAGUUACCAAAGACUGGCAGAUUUUUAUCCUAGUUAUUUCUUGCACAGGAUUGCAGGACCAAAGAUUUCUACAUUUUGUUUACACAUUUUGAUCUCAACAGUUUUCUGCUAUAUGACUGAUUGCUUAUCCCUCCAAUUUAUUCAGCAUUUUAGGCAUUCUGAGUAACUUGACUUCAAUGAUUCUGCAUAUGCAAGAUUUCAAUAGGACUUGAGUCUUAAAACUACAUCAUUUGGGGAGCAUUUUCAUUUAAGGUUUUUUUUUCUUCUGGUUUUUGUUUUUGUUUUUCUGUCUCAGGCAAAUGUAUUAAAACUUGAAAAGAACCUUAGAAUCUAAUACAGCUUCCUACCUGGUAUAGACAGUCUCUCAAAAUUCUAAAACAUCCUGGAAACAAUUUUUUUCAAUCUCUAUUUCAAUGCUUUCAGUUACCUCAUUUUUCUAACAGUUAUUUUAGAAGGUUCCUCUUAACAAUAACUACAACUCUGCUUCCCUGUAGUAACUGCCAGCUCUUGGUCCUAGGUUGCUUCUCCACAUGCCAGUCAUUCAAGUACUUUAAACAGUCUCCCAUUCCUCCAAAACCAAUUCCUCAUUGUUCAAAUGCUGAGCAGUUUAACAGCUCCCACACUAGUGGGGAUUUACAGGCCUUCUCCAACUGCCUCAAAAAAUCUAUCCUAGCUCUUCUGCCUUUUUGCUGGCUUAAGCCUGACCAGCUCUGUUGACUCCACUUCACAUAUUGAUCCUGCCUCGCUGUCCACUUCCAGUGAACUUGGUAAUUCAGACAUUUCAUUCCCUCACUUAGCUCUCUAGUUCUUAUAGAUCCAUUUUGGGCUAGAGCCUUGCUGUGUCUCCUUCUCCUACUCCCAUUAACAUAUUCAUAAACGUUUUCUGGGAGAGGAAUUCCAAAGCCAAAUUUUAAAGUCUUUUAAUUAUUCCUCAUUGGACAUGGUUUUCAGAAUUUUAAAAAAGUUUCUAAAAUUCCAGAAAGAAUGAAAAAAAAAAAAAUUGAAUCCAAAGCAGCCAUAUCCUUGGUGAUUAAUGUGAGGUCGAUUUGCUCACACAUCAAUACAGACCAGCCUUAUUAUGGUAGUAACAAUAUAAAUUUGGAGACUCGUCUAUGCUGUUAGUCCAGUUGGAUAGAGCAUGUUUUAAUAAGGCCAUAAUUGAAAAACUGUAUGGCUCAGAUAGCUAUGUUCACUUCAUUAACUCUGACUAUAUCCCAACCAUAAGGGUCCAACUAGCUCAAGAAAUUAUCCAAUUGUUCCAAAGGGUAACAAGGUUGCUGGAAUAAGUACAGUUCUCUGUUAAUAAUAUCACAUUGUAACGUAAAUAUUUCUUUAUAUGCCUCUCUUCCUCAUUUUCCUGGAAAGUCUUAGGGGUAGGGAUAUAUCUUCAUCAUUCCUAGACCCAGUGACUAGCCUGUCAUAUAAUAAACAGUAAACAUUUAUUCUACUGAGCCAACUAUGAAGCAAAAUCUAUUAUAGCUAUAUUUUACUGAAUGGCUUUAAUAUAUCUGUAAAUUUUGCAACUUAUUUUCAUGUAGAAGGAAAUUAUUUUACAUCAGAAUUUUACAUUUUAGAAUGCUAUCACAUUGUACUUUAGUUAUCUAUUAAUGUGUAUUAAUUCUUUUUGUAAUAUUUGAUAUCUUGCUCAUGUUCAAGUCUCUGAAGAAAAUUGGUUUAGUACUUUAUGCAACUUCUGGUUUCUUUUUAGUGUAUGGAAAAGUUAAUUAUGAAGUGUUUUUGUGAAAUUGCAUUAUAUAGUGCACUGCCUGCCUUUGAAAAGCAUGACUAGUUGACUGUAUAGUUGUAUAGCAUAUGUAUAAUUGGUUCCUGAAAAUGAAAUUACAGAUUCGAAGUCAUUUAUCCACCUAAUUUUUUUCAUACUUGGGGAUUAUUUGUUCUCAGUGAAUUUUAAGUACUUUAUCUAAUUCUGCACUUCCUUUCAAAGGCAAUAAAGGAUAAGAGAAUGACUGCAACUUCAUUAGUAAACAUGCAGCCCCCAUUUUUCCUACAGAGGCAUAGUAGCUUCAGUGAUCUUUUCCCCACUUGGGGGAUAGUACCCAAAGCUACUUUCAUUGCAUACACAGAUAAUUUACUUAAUUUCCAUUUUAGUAGAAUAUGGGUUUUGGCAUAAGAAAUAAAGCCAGCAUUUUUAGGUCCAUAUUAACCAUAUUAAUGUGUAGUAAACAUUUCAAUUCUAUGAAACAGAUACUAAUUUAUUACA